AUGGCCUUUUCCUGUUCACACUUGCACGGACGAAGACGUGAACGUAAGUUAUAGAGUAAGAAUUAUCAGUGUAGCGAGGUAAUCUCGUGCUGAUAAAGUAUAAGUCGAUAUCAUCAUUCAAGACCAGCUAGAAAUUAUUAAACAUGGAUGACAAGGAAGCAUUUGACGUCGAUAUGGUGGUGGCAACCACAAAUACAUUGCCAGUAGCCAUGCCGGCUGAAUUGCCUGAGAUCAAACUAUUUGGGCGCUGGAAUUGUGACGAUGUGCAAGUCAACGAUAUGUCCUUGCAGGAUUAUAUCGCCGUUAAAGAAAAGAAUGCCAAGUAUCUUCCACAUUCAGCAGGACGUUAUGCUGCAAAGCGUUUCCGAAAAGCACAGUGUCCCAUUGUGGAACGUCUUACAAACUCUCUCAUGAUGCAUGGCAGAAAUAAUGGAAAAAAACUAAUGGCUGUACGAAUUGUGAAACACGCUUUUGAAAUCAUUCACCUUCUAACUGGUGAAAACCCUUUGCAGGUUCUUGUUACAGCCAUUAUUAAUUCAGGACCAAGGGAAGAUUCUACGCGUAUUGGACGCGCUGGUACUGUAAGAAGACAAGCUGUGGACGUAUCUCCACUACGUCGUGUUAAUCAAGCUAUUUGGUUGUUGUGUACUGGUGCGCGAGAAGCUGCAUUCCGCAACAUCAAGACAAUCGGCGAAUGCUUAGCAGAUGAACUUAUUAACGCCGCUAAAGGUUCAUCGAAUUCAUACGCGAUCAAAAAGAAGGAUGAGUUGGAACGCGUUGCCAAGUCUAACCGAUAAACACUUUCUAUAUGCGGAAAAUAUAAAUAAACAUUCUAUCUUUAAA